GAUAGUGAACCGGGUCCUUUAAUCUUCGAAGACCAACCAUCAUCACCAAGAUCUCCCCUGUCACCCAAAAAACCAUGGCAAGCAAGAGAAAAUAAUCGUGAAUGUCUGUAAACAUACACGAUUCCUAUAUUAGAGAACAAACUGGAAAUGUGUACAAGAACGUGAAGAGGAAGAUUGAGAGAGGUGUUACUUUCCCAACUUGCUUAUCUGUAAACAAUGUGGUCUGCCAUUUCUCUCCACUAGCUAGUGACGAGACAGUGUUGGAAGAAGGUGAUAUAUUGAAAAUUGAUUUGGCUUGUCAUAUAAAUGGUUUCAUCGCGGCUGUGGCUCACACUCAUGUUCUUCAGGAAGGUCCUGUCACAGGAAGGGCAACUGAUGUUAUUGCUACUGCAAAUACUGCUGCUGAGGUGGCCUUGAGGCUUGUUAGGCCGGGAAAAAAGGUAAUCAAUUUUAAGAAUUUUUUCCCCUGUAUUUGAAUUUUUGUAUGAUUUGAUUUGGAACAUGUUGCCUCUAUUAAUUGUAUGUUUGGUAGAUAGGUAUAAGGUCAUCACUAUAUAAGCAAUCUAGCUUAGUAAAAUUAGGUUGCUUCAUGUGUAUUGUUUGAAGGGGUUUCUUUGCCUAAAUGUGUGCCUUGUGGAUUUUGAUCUCUAAAUGAUGAAAAGUAUCAUGGCUAUGGAUAUACUCCAAUGAAGCUUUAUUGUCAUAGUUACACUGAUAGAGGUCAUUCAUUAUUUUUCAUGUGUUGUCUUGCCGAUUAAGCACAUCAUUAAUCUUGGGAACUCCUCUUGAUGUCUGUAUUGUUCUUUUAUCUUCAUUUUAAAUGAUAUCAUGCAUUUUCAUAAAAAAG